CCGGAAGAAGCCGCGGCACAAGGCACUUAUAGGGCCGGGAAUGGGGGUGUCGCCGCCGCCCAGUCAGCUCCGUGUCUACCGCUCCUCCGCCGGUGCCGCGCUGUCGUCGCGGCACCCCCGCCCAGCCCUCUGUCCACUCCGUCCCCAGUAUCGGCCGGUGGAGCCCGGAGCCAGGGCCGCGUCCCCGCCAUGCCGGCCCGGUGGCUGUUGCUCCUGCUGGCGCUGCUGCUACCGCCGCCCGGCCCCGGGAGUUUUGGAAGUGCCAGCACAGUAACCCUGCCCGAAACCCUGUUGUUCGUUUCCACCCUGGAUGGAAGUUUGCAUGCUGUCAGCAAGAGGACAGGCUCGAUCAAGUGGACUUUAAAAGAAGAUCCAGUCCUGCAGGUCCCAACACACGUGGAAGAGCCUGCUUUCCUCCCAGAUCCCAAUGAUGGCAGUCUGUACACACUUGGAGGCAAGAACAACGAAGGCCUGACGAAACUUCCCUUUACCAUCCCAGAAUUGGUUCAGGCAUCCCCAUGCCGAAGUUCAGAUGGAAUCCUCUACAUGGGUAAAAAGCAGGACAUUUGGUAUGUCAUCGACCUCCUGACUGGAGAGAAGCAGCAGACUUUGUCAUCAACCUUUGCAGACAGUCUCUGCCCAUCAACCUCCCUGCUGUAUCUUGGACGGACAGAAUACACCAUCACCAUGUAUGACACCAAGACCCGAGAGCUCCGUUGGAAUGCCACCUAUUUUGACUAUGCAGCCUCACUGCCCGAGGAUGACGUGGACUACAAGAUGUCCCACUUUGUGUCCAAUGGCGAUGGACUGGUGGUGACUGUGGACAGUGAAUCUGGGGAUGUCUUGUGGAUCCAAAACUACGCCUCUCCCGUGGUAGCCUUUUACGUCUGGCAGCGGGAGGGCCUGAGAAAGGUGAUGCACAUCAACGUCGCUGUGGAGACUCUGCGCUACCUGACCUUCAUGUCCGGGGAAGUGGGGCGCAUCACCAAGUGGAAGUAUCCGUUCCCCAAGGAGACAGAGGCCAAGAGCAAGCUGACGCCUACCCUGUAUGUUGGGAAGUACUCCACCAGCCUCUAUGCCUCUCCCUCAAUGGUGCACGAGGGGGUUGCUGUAGUGCCCCGAGGCAGCACUCUUCCUUUGCUGGAAGGCCCCCAGACAGAUGGCGUCACCAUUGGAGACAAAGGAGAGUGUGUGAUCACCCCCAGCACAGACCUCAAGUUUGACCCCGGACUCAAAGGGAAGAGCAAGCUGAACUACUUGAGGAAUUACUGGCUUCUCAUAGGACACCAUGAAACUCCUCUGUCUGCAUCUACCAAGAUGCUGGAGAGAUUCCCCAACAACCUGCCCAAACAUCGGGAAAAUGUGAUUCCUGCUGAUUCGGAAAAAAGGAGCUUUGAGGAAGUUAUCAACCUGGUUGGCCAGACUUCAGAAAAUACACCAACCACCGUGUCUCAGGAUGUGGAAGAGAAGCUGGUUCAUGCCCCCACCAAGCCUGAGGCCCCCGUGGACUCCAUGCUCAAGGACAUGGCUACUAUUAUCCUGAGCACCUUCCUGCUGGUUGGAUGGGUGGCCUUCAUCAUCACUUACCCCCUGAGCAUGCAUCAGCAGCGCCAGCUCCAGCACCAACAGUUCCAGAAGGAACUGGAGAAAAUCCAGCUCCUGCAGCAGCAGCAGAUGCCAUUCCACCCACAUGGAGACCUUACUCAGGACCCUGAAUUCCUGGAUUCAUCUGGCCUCUUCUCAGAGAGCUCGGGCACCAGCAGCUCCAGCCCGUCUCCCAGAGCCUCCAACCACUCACUUCACUCCAGCAGCUCUGCCUCCAAGACUGGCACCAACCCCUCCCUGGAGCAGGAUGAGGAGGAUGAGGAAACCAGAAUGGUGAUUGUUGGGAAGAUUUCAUUCUGCCCCAAGGAUGUCCUGGGCCAUGGAGCUGAGGGCACAAUUGUAUACAAAGGCAUGUUUGACAACCGUGAUGUGGCCGUGAAGAGGAUCCUCCCUGAGUGUUUUAGCUUUGCAGACCGUGAAGUCCAACUGCUUCGAGAGUCAGAUGAGCAUCCGAACGUGAUCCGCUACUUUUGCACAGAGAAGGACCGGCAGUUCCAGUACAUUGCCAUUGAAUUGUGUGCAGCCACCCUACAAGAGUAUGUGGAGCAGAAGGACUUUGCCCACCUUGGCCUAGAGCCCAUCACCUUGCUUCAGCAGACCACCUCAGGCCUGGCACACCUGCACUCUCUCAACAUAGUUCACAGAGACCUGAAACCCCACAACAUUCUCCUCUCCAUGCCCAAUGCACAUGGCAGAAUCAAGGCCAUGAUCUCUGACUUUGGCCUCUGUAAGAAGCUGGCAGUGGGCAGGCACAGUUUCAGCCGCCGUUCAGGGGUACCUGGCACUGAAGGCUGGAUCGCCCCGGAGAUGUUGAGUGAGGACUGCAAGGAGAAUCCUACCUACACAGUGGACAUCUUCUCCGCAGGCUGUGUUUUUUAUUAUGUCAUCUCUGAGGGCAACCAUCCCUUUGGCAAGUCCUUGCAGCGGCAAGCCAACAUCCUCCUGGGCGCCUGCAGCCUUGACUGCUUCCACUCAGACAGGCAUGAGGAUGUCAUUGCCCGUGAGUUGAUAGAGAAAAUGAUUUCGAUGGACCCCCAGCAGCGGCCUUCUGCAAAGCACGUGCUAAAACACCCAUUCUUCUGGAGCCUGGAAAAGCAGCUCCAGUUCUUUCAGGAUGUGAGUGACCGAAUAGAAAAGGAGUCCUUGGAUGGCCCGAUAGUGAGGCAGCUGGAGAGAGGCGGGAGAGCUGUGGUGAAGACGGACUGGCGGGAGAACAUCACUGUCCCCCUGCAGACAGACCUGCGAAAAUUCAGAACCUACAAAGGUGGCUCUGUCAGAGAUCUCCUCCGAGCCAUGAGAAAUAAGAAACACCACUACCGAGAGCUGCCCGUGGAGGUUCAGGAGACACUGGGCUCCAUCCCGGAUGACUUUGUGCGCUAUUUCACAUCGCGCUUCCCCUACCUCCUCUCACACACCUACCGAGCCAUGGAGCUGUGCAGACAUGAGAGACUCUUCCAGACCUACUACUUGCAUGAGCCCACAGAACCCCAGCCUCCAGUGACUCCAGAUGCCCUCUGAGCUAGGGCAGCCCUUUAGUCUGGUGGCCCCAACAGUGACCAUGGGCCUGAUGUCUGCAGUCCAUAGCUUGCUGCCUCUGGGAUUAGCAGGAAGACUAAGCGUCUCAAACCAAGUGCCUUGAGCUGCUGCCCUGCAGCCAGAAGAGGAAAAUGCUGAUCCUAGGAAUCAGGAGGGGUGGCCCUCGUGACUACAGAGAGCUGAGGCAAUGUGGCCCUGAAGCCUUGUAGUCAGGGUUGUCUACAAAGGUGGGCCUGUCCCAGAGGCUGCAGAAGAGCAGCAUCAACCAUUCACUGGAUGAGCUCGAUUCCCUUUCACUGGAUGAACUCUCUUCUGCUUAUAUUUCUUUCUAAAAUUCCUGUGGGAUGGCAGUUUGGAGACCUCUCAGUGAGGAAGUUUUGCUUACAUACUAUGAGCAGCCUGACUGGGGUGCAGCAAGUGUACCCUCUGCUAGAAUUGGUUUGAGAGAUUCAGGGUGCUAAGGAAGAGGACGUUCAGAGGUGUAGUCCUGGAGAUAGGAGGCAUCUCCAAGUUACUGGUAGCCUGUGUUGCCUCGUGCAUCAAGUUGUAAGUGUGGGGCAUGGAGUUAGAGACUGGUUAGCAAUGCCUGUGGACAGCUGAGGUAUGUCUGGGAAUAGAAGGUGAAGAGGACGAGGACGUUCAGUUCUGGAUGCGGUGCUCGCUCAGCCAAGUGGCCUGAAUAGUGGCCCCUGAUAGAAUCCUGGCCAUGUGAGCCAGAGGUGAAGAGUUCCCUGGCCACCAAGAAGGCAGCUAAGACCAGACAGGGACAGAGACAGGUCUUCAGGGCUAGAGGGGAGCAACUAGAGGGAACCUUUAAGUCACUUGGAGAGGCUCAGAACCAGAAGGUGAGUGACAGGGCCCCUCAGCCCCAGAGGCUGUGCACAUUAGCACACAGCUUGUGAGCCAAAGCCCUGGGGAUAGAGAGCCAAGGCCAGGGCCACCACAGGCUUUUUAGUCCAGCUUUUAUAUUUCUGGCAAAUUUUAAUGAGUAUAUUUUGAUCAUAUUGCAGAAAGCUGCAUUUGCAUAAGUAAGUUAAAUGUGGUUUGAUGCUUGUGAAGAAAUGCAAGAUAUAAUAUCUUCAGUUUUGUGUAGUACCAAAAAUCACCAUUCCCUCAAGAAUGUAGAACAUUCUCUAAGGCAGAAGGGUAAGACAGUCUAGCAACACUAUGUAAAUGUAUUAAUGUCAAAGUAAUUAUAUCAAUACCAUUUUUCUCUAAAAUUAAUUUUUAACUUUAGUUCCAAUCAGAAUUUACUGUCUUCCCCUUCCCAAGAGCCUUAGGAGUUAGCAUGCGGUCAGGGUCCGUGGGAGGGAGGAUUCUGUGUGGACUCCCUGGAGCCAGCGUGGUCUCUGUUGUGCGGUCCUGGUGAGCUGAGGCCCCAUUCUGUUCUGUGCUGAGUGGCCUUGGCAGCUUUAGGCGCUUCUGACUGGAGCUCUCACUGCUGUGUCCCCAGAGGUCUCCUGGUGUGCUGGUACCAGGGCCACUUACCCAAAGCUUCCUCUGCUGCUGUAGAAUUGGAUUAACUUUUCUUAAUCUCCUACAUCUUUGAACCCCAUGGGUAACCCUGUUUAGACCUUGGAACCUCAGCCCUGUGGUUGGCGUCCUGUUUAUCCCUUAGCAUAGCACUUUGCCAGUGCCCCAAGAGGGAGCUCCAGUGGCAGGAGACGGAAGCAGUGUGGGCUAACAGGGUUGCCUCGGACGCUGCUUCCCUUGUCCCUCAUGGCUAAGUUUCCCUCUGGGAAUUGCUGAAGUCUUUUCUAAAGGGUCAGCUGGUGUUACUUCCGGUCUGCUUGGGGUCAGCUUUUUAAAUGUCCUUGCCACUUAGCAGAUCAGUUUCUAACCAAUGAAAUUUUCAAAAGUCCUAUUCAUCAUACUUAGUUGAAACUUUCUGUAGCGCUAGGUGGGACAUGAGACACUUGGGACACAGAUGAAGAGUACAGAAAGACUUGUGCCUUUUAAAGCCUCCUAAGAGUCAUUAGCACACAGUGUCAGGGCAGAAAGAAAACCCAAGUGGGCAGGAAGGGGUUUGCCCCACUUGUGCCUUAAAACUGUCCCAUCUCAGAAUCAGCCGGCUGGGGGCAGCUCACCUGUCUGUCUUCUAGGAAGCAGGCAGUUGUCAGCUCUCCGGGUGGGUCAUGGGAACGCUGUGGGCAUCUGGGACGCUCAGCAAGAGACGCUGUCUGCUUCAGGCCGGGCAGCUCUACAGCACUGUGACAUCUUCAGAGGCUGCUAGGAUCCCUGGAAGACUGCCCGCUUGUCUACAAGUCCAGCAUCUUCAGCUUUAGGAUGGAGUUGAGCUCUUCUGGGCUGUGUUAUCUUUGUUUAAACCGUGUCUGUGUUGAACUUCAAGUUUAGGAAGUGUGCCGUGUCACUGGGCACCAAAGCACUUGCACUUUUGGGAACAUAGCUGUCACUUGGCAAAUCACUAGGCCGUCCAGAGACUGAAGGUGGACCCUGCAGAGGCGUGCCCUGCUCUCAGUACAGCAGUGGCUGUAGACUCUUCCCAUGAUGCAUUGCAGAGAAGGUGGAGGUCUGAGGUCAGCAGAUACAGCCAAGUGCUUUCCAUCAACUUUGAAGAUAGGCAUGAGCCUCUCCUCAGAGUCCACUUGAUUUUAUGGAAGUUUUGUGUGCAUGUGAUCCAGUUAGCGCCUGCAGCUCCUUUCUCCCAAAUGAAAGGCUAAUCAAUCAGCUGCUGCUGUGGCCUCCUCCAGAGCCACCUCUGGCCGCAGGCUCUCCUGUGCUGACCACUUGUCUUCUGCAAGGCUGUGGCCCCACUCCAGCUGUGCCAGGAUUCUGUUCUCUGCCUGAGUCUGCUCUCUGUUCCUUGUCUUCAUCAUCGUGGUCCAGAGGUGCAGGAAGAGCUGGAAGAGUAAGCCACAGCUGCCCUGGAAAGAGCCUUUUGAAAUCCCGUUUGCCCUUCUCUCUGACGGGCUUUCCAACAGUUCUAUCCUUGCCCAUCUCUCACAUCCAGAAGCCAUGGUGUUGGCCAGCAGGGGCCUGCCAUCCGCUUCUCCUGAAGGUCAGCAGACCUCCAACUGAGGCCUGGAUUCUCUGAAGCCAAAGCGCCUGCUCUCUCCCUAGUCUUGGUUUUCAUUGUGAACUAGUGAUUUUCCAGGGGAUUCUGGUUGCCUUGGGCACUUAGGCCUCUUCUGUACUCCUAGACAGCCACAGAGGCACAUCUGCUGAGCCUCCCUCGGGAGCAGCCUCAGCCACACUGCUUGCCAGAAUCCUAUGGCCUCAUCUCUCCUGUUCCCCAUGUGUUUGGUGGGUAUAGUAUUCCUUCCCAGUUGUCCCUAAAACUGUGACGGGGGAGUCCCCACUCACCUAAGCAUUACCAGCCAGCUCUGGCGUCCCCACACAAGGACCUUGUGUAGUUCUUUUUGCGAUGACCUAUUUAUUAAAUCUAUUUAUAUUUAUUUAAUUUUUACUCUGAAGUAUAUCGGUUACAAUUGCACUUGACUAAAGCGUGUCAGAUCUGUUUUGGACAAUACCCCUGACCAUUUUAAACUGGAAAAGGAAAAGUCACACUGUAUCCUGCCACCUUACUGUAGCCUUGUCUUUAAAGGGUGAAUAAUUUGGUCUGGGUAAAAUGUUAAUUUUUAGAUGAUUUUUUAAAAAUCUUGUGCCAUGUGUCUUUGUGGACAGUUAAUUGUUUAAUCAAUAUGUGCUGAUUGUGUGAUUCACUCCCCUUCAUGGAAACUAAAAUAUUCUUUUAACUUUAUAUUUUAUAAACUGCCAGAUUGUACAACUUUUAUGUGUAUUUUUAAAGCUCAUGAUAUGAGGGCCAUUAUCUAAGUUUAAAUGGCCUAUUUUUGUACCUCCUGUACAGUUUUAUAAUUCUGCUCAUUGAUGAAGGUGACUUACGCUGAGCCAACCACAAAUAAAGGUAGUUUUAGAUUUGG